AGCCCUUUCAUUUCGUAUUUCCCGGAGAGAAAAUGUUUGACGAUUCCCCAAAGGGUCUUUUCCACAUUGAUCAUCAAGAUAGAGCUGCUGUGGAUGAGGGAUGGCUUUAUUAUCCUACAUAUCUCCUGUUAAGCCUGAUCCUCGCAUGGCGACUGUGGGCUUUUACCAUCUGCCCGCGACUCUACCGCGACCGAUUAGAGUACUUGCCAUACUGGAUCCCAUACUUGGGUGGGUCUAAUUGUCUGUCUUCUACUGGUAAGCAACACUAACCAGCGGCCUAAAUACCCUUGAAUGAGCAGGCCACGUUGUACCGUUUCUUUGGAAUUCCAAUAAAUUAUUUGCACGGGCAAAGAAAGACUUCAACCGCAAGUUAUGUACCCUGCGUAUCGCUGGACAGGACAUUGUGAUGGUUACAACAGCUGCCCAGAUAGCCGUAAUCGACAAGGAACGUCACAUUUAUGCCUUUGAGCCCUUCGUAGAUCUAAUAUACGAUGAGGUCGCUAGGGUCUCGCCCAAGAAGAAGUUCAUUCUAUGGCAGACCCCUGCCGAAGGUUAUGUCUCAGUCUUCCCAAACCCCAGACAGAUGACGGCUGCGCACACUGGGAUAGCUCUGCUGCAUAAACAAUUCACGCAACCAGAUGCGGUGCACCAAUUUAUGGCAACCUCACUGGCAUGUGUGAACAACACACUGCAGUGGGAUUCUUUCUAUAAGACAAGCGUGCUUGCCUCGACCCCCACAAUCAAGGUCAUUUCUCUCGAAUUCUUAUGCCGUGACGUGAUAAUGGAUGCGCAGGUUACGUCUUUCUUCGGUCCACGGCUACUCGAGCUGGAGCCCAAUCUGCGAUCCCUCCUCAAGAAAUGGGACCUCGAAAGCUGGCGGGUCUCGUACAAACUCCCGUCUGCACUGUCCAGGCGUGCAACGUGCCUCAGGGAUUAUCUUAUUGAUAUUCUCACUCAAUACUACACCUUACCCGUGGAGCAGCGGGCGGGGUCUGUCGCAUUCGUGAACGAGGUUUAUGACGACUAUAAGCAUGCGGGGCUCUCUGAUCGAGAUAUAGCCGGCAUUGUCUUUACUAUUCUUUGGGGACUCAACACGAAUGUCACUGUGGUCUCGUAUUGGAUGAUUGCCCAUCUCACGAACAACCCGACGGUUGUCAAUCAGAUCCGUGAGGAAAUUACACCUGUGAUGCAAAAAAUUGAUGCGAACCCCACGAUCGACGGGCCUGCCUUGGCUGAGCUCACCAAGAACCCUCUCUUGAAUGAAUGUUUGAUUUUCAACUCCACGUUCAAUGAGACCAUACGCUUUACUGCCACGGGGAGUAGUUUCCGUAAAACCACACGAGACACGACCCUGGAAGGUCGCCGUAUUCCCAAAGACACCACGGUCGCAAUCCCGCAGCGGGUGCAAAUGAUGGAUGAAGAGGCUUUCGGCCCAGAUUCAUAUACGUUUGACUGCUAUCGGUUUUUCCGAAACAAGUCUCUCGUAAGGAAAGUAGAGUUCCGCGGAUUCGGCGGCGGCACCACCUUGUGCAGCGGCAGAACAGUCGGCAGACAUCAGGUGCUCGCCUUCUUGGCUAUAUUGUUGUGGAGAUAUGAUUUGGAGGUAGUCAGACCUGAUCAGGAAGCUCUCGGUGUGCGAGGGAAAGCUUUUCCUAGGUUGGAUGAAGCAAAACCGAGUCUUGGGCCCGGGCGGACGAUGGAUGGGGAUGAUCAGAUUCUGAAGAUGACUCGUAGGAAAAUGUAGAGAAUAUUUAUAGUUACAACCACGAUUAUUCAUGUUGUACUUUUGCAUCUUCUUCAUAUUUUUGAUGCUUCUGAUGGGCCAAUUUAUGUAGGAGCUAGUUAUAGUAUUCAACAAAGACCAAAUGUGACGGUGCCAAACCUAUGCAUUGG